AUGGACAAUCUCUCUAGUGCCACUGAAUUCUACCUUCUAGGCUUCCCUGGAUCACAAAAACUACACCACAUUCUUUUUGCCAUAUUCUUUUUAUUCUAUGCAGUGACACUGAUGGGAAACACGAUCAUCAUCAUGAUUGUCUGUGUUGAUAAGCGUCUACAGUCACCCAUGUAUUACUUCCUCAGCCAACUCUCUCUCCUAGAGAUCCUGGUAACAACCACAAUUGUUCCCUUGAUGCUUUGGGGGCUGCUGAUCCCUGGAAACCAGACAAUAUCUCUGACCGGAUGUGUUGUCCAACUCUUCCUUUACCUUUCUCUGGGAACCACUGAGUUUGCAAUGGUUGGAGCGAUGGCUGUGGACCGCUAUGUGGCUAUCUGCAACCCUUUGCGGUACAGCAUUAUCAUGAAUGGCCACACUUGUAUCUGGGUGAUGAUUGUCUCCUGGGUGUUUGGUUUCCUUUCUGAAAUCUGGCCAGUCUAUGCCACAUUCCAGUUUACUUUCUGCAAAUCAAAUCUGUUGGAUCAUUUUUACUGUGACCGGGGUCAGUUGCUCAAAUUAUCUUGUAAUGACACCUCUCUCACCGAGUUCAUUCUUUUCUUAAUGGCUGUCUUCAUUAUUGUUGGAUCCUUGAUCCCCACAGUUGUCUCCUACACCUAUAUCAUCUCCACCAUCCUCAAGAUCCCCUCAGCCUCGGGCCGGCAGAAAGCCUUCUCCACCUGCGCCUCCCACUUCACUUGUGUUGUAAUUGGCUAUGGCACCUGCCUGUUCCUGUAUGUGAAACCCAAGCAAACACAGGCGGCUGAGUACAACAGGGUGGCAUCUCUGCUGGUUUCUGUGGUAACUCCUUUCCUGAACCCCUUCAUCUUCACUCUUCGGAAUGAUAAAGUCAAAGAGGCCCUUAGAGAUGGAGUGAAGCGUUGCUGUUUGCUCCUUAGGGAUUAG